AAUCCAAAUUACUCCACCCCACAAGGCCACAAUAAUUAGCGGGCAUAGCAGGGCCUGCUCCUUGCCCCGGCCUCCUCGCAAGCAAAGCAUAUGGCGCCGGUCAAGGUGUUCGGGUCCGCGGUGUUCGCGAACGCCGCGCGGGUGAUGGCCUGCCUGGAGGAGGUGCGCGUCGAGUACGAGGUCGUCGAGGUCGACUACAUGACCAAGGAGCACAAGGGCCUCAAACAUCUUGCAAGAAACCCGUUCGGCCAAAUCCCUGCGUUUCAGGAUGGGGACAUCAUGCUCUUCGAGUCCCGAGCAAUCUCAAAGUACGUGCUCCGCAAAUACGCCAAGUCAGCUCAAGACGACCUGCUGCGAGAAGGCAACCCGGAGGAAGCCGCGAUGGUGGACGUGUGGACGGAGGUGGAGGUGCACCACUACCUACCGGCCAUGGCGCCCAUCUUCUACGAGUGCGUCGUGUACCCUGCAAGGCUCGGCACCACGCCUGACCAGAAGGUCGUGGACGAGAGCCUGGAGAAGUUCAAGAAGGUGCUCGAUGUCUAUGAGGCACGCCUGUCCAAGAGCAAUUACCUCGCCGGGGACUUUUUCAGCUUUGCGGACCUCAACCACUUCCCCUUUACCUUCCACAUCAUGGCGACGCCGCAUGCGUCGGUCUUCGACAUGUACCCGCACGUCAAAGCGUGGUGGGAGAGGGUUAUGGAGAGGCCGUCGUUGAAGAAGAUCAGCGCCCAUAUGGAGAUCAAGGCCUAAUCGGUCAAGCCAAUAAAAUUGUAUGAGGAGAGGCCGUCGUUGUAGCUGCAUUGUAUGACUGUGAAUUACUAUAUGUGUUUUCUUUUUUACUGUCUGUCUUAUUGCAAACCAUUUGAUCCUGUAAUAUAAGGUUGCUGUUUCUCCCUCUA